UGGUACAAGUGAUUAUUAUAGCCCGCCUUCAAUUCACCCAUCCGUCCAUCGUCCUUUUGCGUUUGACUUCACGCCUUUCCUUCUCUCUCUUUUUUUUUUGCCUCCCUUAAAUUUAUUCCGUGUUUCAUUUGAGCUUCCUGUCCGAUUCCUCCUUCGUCCCGACGCAACCUCUCGCCCCCACACUCCAAUCCAUCCCCUAAAUAUAAUCUUUAUCUGAUCUCCCGAAUCCUCGUCAUUAUGUGCAUUCACAAACUGACGAUCCUCUCCACCUGAACCUCCGAUUUCCCCGCGGAUUCAGAUUCAUCCCCUCUCAGCUCAAGAAGAAGAAAAAGAAGCUCCAUCCAUGGCGGGCAGUAAUGAAAUCAACGCCAGCGAAUCCCAGAGGGUGGUUCCACUGAAUACCUGGAUUCUCAUAUCCAACUUCAAGCUUGCUUACAACAUGCUUAGGAGGUCCGACGGCUCCUUCAAUCGCGAUUUGGCCGAGUUUCUUGACCGGAAGGUCCAGCCCAAUACGAUCCCGGCCGACGGGGUCUACUCUUUCGAUGUUGUGGAUCGGACCACAAACAUCCUUAAUCGGGUCUACCAACCCGCCCCGGAGAACCCGUCCGAUUGGGGUAAAGUCGAACUCGACCGUCCUCUGAGCACCACCGAGGUUGUUCCCGUUAUAGUCUUCUUCCACGGCGGAAGCUUCACUCACUCCUCCGCCAACAGUGCCAUAUACGACACCUUCUGCCGCCGCCUCGUGAAAAUCUGCCGGUGUGUGGUUGUUUCCGUCAACUACCGCCGGUCGCCGGAGCACAGGUACCCCUGUGCCUAUGAGGACGGUUGGUCUGCCGUUCAAUGGGUAAAAACGAGACCGUGGUUGCAGAGUGGCGGCAAGGACGAUUAUACCCGGAAAGCACACAUGUAUCUCGCCGGGGAUAGCUCCGGCGGUAACAUUGCCCACCAUGUCUCCGUUAGAGCAGCAUCAGAAUCAGAAUCAGGCGUUGAGAUAUUGGGUAACAUUCUUCUUCACCCGAUGUUCGGGGGCCAAACCCGGACGGAAUCCGAGAAGGAAUUGGACGGGAGGUAUUUCGUGACGGUUAGGGACAGGGACUGGUACUGGAGGGCGUUUUUGCCGGAAGGGGAAGACAGGGAUCACCCCGCGUGUAACAUAUUCGGACCCCGGAGUAGGACUCUUGAAGGGCUAAAGCGGUUCCCCAAGAGCCUCGUGGUUGUGGCCGGUCUGGAUCUCUCCCAGGACUGGCAAUUGGGCUACGUCGAAGGGCUCCAGAAAUGCGGGCACAGUGUUCGUCUUCUACACUUGGAGAAGGCAACCAUCGGGUUCUAUUUCUUGCCAAACAACGAGCAUUUCGUUUGCCUAAUGAACGAGAUAACCGACUUCAUCCAUCCCCACCGUUGUUCAUAAACCGCCUCCUAACCACGAAUUUUCAUUUCACGGCUACUAGUGUUAAUCUGUUAUAUAUAUAUACACACACACAGAAGUGGAUAGUUACUAUGAAGUGUUUUUUUCGCUCCCAUUGUACGUUUGGCAGGUGUUAUUUUGCUGAAAUGGAUGGGUUUUCAAAAAGGAAAAUCGUUGCUUAACAAACCAUUUCAGCAAAAAUAACACGUACGACCGAAAACUACCUUGAUAUCGAAAGGGAGCAUUAAUGUUAUGGCAUAUAGCACUAAUGUAAUGGUUUAGAUGUAUGGUUUUAUAUAGUAUGGAGGGCCAAAAGGUGCUAAUCUUAAGGCAUGGAU